AUGGGUAGCGAGGAUCAUGCUUCUAGUUCGGCACUUGGAGAUUCUGGACCUCUUCUUGUCCACAACAAUGUUGUUUCAUCGGUCGAUCUGGCCUGUCCAAUUGAAUUGAGGAAAGUUGUCAUGUACAUCAGAAAUGCCGAAUAUAAUCCACGACGCUUUACCGGAUGUGUUAUCAGACUCAGGGAGCCGCGAGUAACAUGUCUCCUUUUUAGCACAGGAAAAAUGGUUACAACAGGUGGCAGGUCAGAAGAAUCGAAUAAUUUGGGUGCCAGGAAAUGUGCUCGUGUGAUACAAAAGCUGGGUUUCCCUGUCCAGUUCAAUAAUUUUCGGAUCCAAAACGUCGUUGGAAUAGUCGAUCUGAAGUUUCCCAUCCGUCUUGAGGGUCUACUUAUGGCAAAUGAACAGAUGUCGCAGUAUGAACCGGAAAUUUUCCCUGGUCUUAUUUAUCGAAUCAUUAAUCCAAAAUUGGCGAAGCGCACCAAAAAAGUUGGUAUCGUCGGUAAAUAUGGUACGCGCUACGGUGCUUCAUUAAGAAAGACCGUGAAGAAGAUUGAAGAGGCUUUAAGGCGUAAGGCUGCUGGCAUAUGGGCGUGUAAACGCUGUGGGAAACAGAUAGCCGGUGGAGCCUAUGUUUGCAGUACAACAGCUGCUGCUACCACUCGCGCAGCUAUCCGUCGUCUUCGUGAGACUCUUAAGGCGUGA